GCGAAUACGCAAUGCUUUAAACGAAUCGUUCGAAUAGAAUAAUAAUAAUCAUAGUUUCAUCGUGUGCGCAUAAAUGUGCAACAAGUAGUUUAUUUAAAAUUAUUGAUAUGGCUAUGUCUAGUAUUUUAUUAAUGCGGAAAGGUUUAUCAGUAAACGGUUUUAGGCGUUUAUGGACUUGUAGAGUACUACUCACAGAUCAAUCUGAAAAUGAUCAGCAGCAAUUAAAUCAGGAACAUAGUAAAGAAAGUGAAGAGGAAUAUGAGAAGAAUAUCAGAACAAAAAUUCUUGCUGCAUCUUUAAAGUAUGUCCAUGAUCUUGGAUGGAGCCAGCAAGCCAUCAGUGCUGGUGCUGAGUCUGUUGACUACCCUGGGAUAAUUCAUGGAUUGUUCCCUAAUCGAGGGGCAGACUUGGUUCAUUAUUUUUAUUUAACAUGCAAUAAGGAAUUGAAUAAAAUCCUUGAAGAAAAAGCUCUUACUGUUGAAGAGAAACCUACUACAGAGACAAAGAUAUUAGAAUUACAAGUAUGCAAUGCUGUUGAGACAAGACUCAGAAUGGUGAUUCCGUAUAAAAAGACAUGGCCACAAGCAUUAGCUCUUAUGGCUCUACCACCAAAUGUACCAAUGUCACUAGCUAAUUUACUCACUUUAGUGGACGAUAUUUGCUAUUAUGCUGGUGAUAGAUCAGUUGAUAUGAACUGGUAUACUAGAAGAGUAGUAUUAGCAGGUAUUUAUAAAACCACCGAAUUGUAUAUGUUACAAGAUAAUAGCGAAGAUCAUCAGAAAACUUGGAGUUUUUUGGAAAGACGAAUAAAAGAUGCAACACAAAUUCAUACAAUUCUAACAACAACUUCUGAUAUGGCAUUACCAGAUUUAAAUCGCGCUAGUGAAGCAGCAAGUGCUGCUUUUGUUACAGCACGCAAUAUACUUGGACUGAAUUGGAAUAGGUAGGAAAGAAAGAAAAAUAAAAGCUUAGAUCAGUAAAUAGAGAAAAAGUACGAAGUAUUUCUUGGAGUUCAUUUGAUACAAAUGAAAAUAUGAACUUAUGUAAAAAAUUUGUGUAACAAUAUUUAAAUACUGAUGAUAUUAAAAAAUAGGAUAAUGUUAAGACAAGUUAACGAUCAUAGCUAGUUUAUUUUAGUGUCAUAUUUUAACAAGAUCUGUACAUGUGAGUUUGAAUUCAAUAAAUGUGACUUACUUUUGAUGCAUAUAAA